AUGUCUGGUCGUGGGAAAGCCCGCCCGACAUCGCGUGCAGCGCAGGAGCCUGCCACAGGCGGAACCCGUCGUUCAACGCGCCAACAACAACCCACGGCUCAACCAGACGAGCCCCAACUGUCCUCCGAGGCGCUCGAGCAGCCGGAGCAGGAAGAUGAGUCGAGUUCUCAGGCCGAUGCCGAGAUAGCCAGGUCGGCAUACCAGCAGGUUAUCGACCCGGCUAUCGCGGGGCCGCAGGAUGGAAGUAUGCCACCUCCGCUCCUCCCCAUCGUGAAGAGUCCGCGUGCGCAGGCCGAAACUCUUGUCGCCCGCCGUGCUACUCGGGGUGGCGGCAGUGUCAGAAGCAUUCGAAGUGUCUACUCGUCCCAGCCAGAGCCCCUUGGCUCCACGCAGCCAGGGCCGGCUCCAUCUCAUGCGUUUGGCACUCCGGCUCGCCAUAGGUCUGUUCUGGCGUCUUCUGCAAUCACUGAGUCGCCAAGCCAGCGAGUGGCCAAGUCCAAACUAAUGAGCGUGAUGCUACCGCGUCUCUUCAAUGCUGCGGACGAUCUUUGUGAGCAUCUCUUCAGCGACCAGGAGGAUGAGGAGGCGUGGGAAUUCGAGCGCAUUGGCUUUAAGGAAGCUCUUGACACGUAUCGCGGUCAUUAUGUUGAGGAGAGCGGCGACCCAGUCGUGGACCCGGUUUUGGUCGCCGACACCGUGCAGCCUGACAGGACGUCCUCCCAGUGGUCCAGGGCCUUCAAGAUUGCCUCGGCGGCGAACCUUGCGACGCUGCUCAACGACAUCACGGUGGCUGAUAGCAAGCAGUUCCUGCCGCUACUGGCGGGGUGGAACUUGACCUUCCCUGGGUCCUUUCUCGGCAUCAAUCCAGAUGUCUUCCCGACCAUGGUGGAUCGGACGGCUGUUCAGCAGGCUUUGAUGAUCCGGACUCAGCUAUCCAUCGCCACACUGCAGGCACUCCAAGAGGCCGGCUCCGCCUCAUUCCACCCUUGGCAGGAGGUCGCCAACAUUUGGUGUCGCGGCGAUGUUUCCGUCGACUCGGUCGAGGCUUUCCUGGGCGGUAACAAAGACGCCCUCCAUCUGCACCCAAUUGAACGGGAUACCUCUGAGGGGACCGCUAUUCAGGACCAGUUCGCAGCCAUCUGCAGUGCCCUGCCAAAUCAGGUGGUUGAAGGUGGUCUUGACCUGAGCCAGCUGCAAGAGAAAUUCCCCUUUUCCGAGUUUGUCUACAACCUACGCGCGUUCGUCAGGGAGCGAUUAACGGGUAUCAAAAACCUGUUCCAACAUGAGGCUGGAUAUCCGAGUGCCGCUUCCGCCACCGAUUCUCAAAUCCGGUCGCAGCUGGAAGGCGAUUCAAUCAGCCAGUCAUUCGACCGGGCGGGGCAAGAGUACGUGUGCCUCAGAUAUAAUUUGACCUCAUUGCGGAUGAUGAAACAGCUCGAACAGCAAGGGACUCCAGGAUACCCAUCUCACCCGCUCUCUCAGGACUCAUAUUCCCCCGCGCCACGGAUUCCUUACCCGCCAGGUUUUGGCAGUCCGUCGGUUGAACCGAACUACCCCAAUCUACCGCAACAGGGCGGUGUCCAGGCAAGCGGCCAUGCAUUUGCCGCAUCAGCUGCUCAGGUUGCCGGUGACAAGAGACGGGCCACAGACGACCCGAACAUGGAUGGGGCUUCAUCAGCAACACCACGGCCCAAGAAGCCCCGGGCCAAGCGGACCAAGAAGAACGCGGCAGCCGAGGCGGCCCAAGUGUCCUCGUCCGCUGCCGCUCCGGAGACCGGAUCGCUCGCCUCGUCUCAAUAUCCGCUGCCGCCUGGAGCGGAUAACACACCCGACUUUGAAGCUCUUUCGCGGCGAUCCCGAGAGCUCACGGCCGCUGCUCGCAAGGCCAAGGCGCCGCAAGUCCGACAAGCUUGGGUACGCCGCGAUAUUGCCCUGCUUGUCAAGGCGGUUGACACGUAUCAAUGCAAAUGGAGCACGAUUGAGAAGGAAAUCACGGCGGGUACGAUCCCGUUUGAGCAUCGGCGUGACCAGCAGGCGCUCCGAGACAAGGCGCGCCUCUUGAAGCAGGAUUUCCUCAAAGCCGAUGUUCUCUUACCUCGAGGCUUUGAUCUCGUCGUUUUGGGCAAGAAGGAGCGGGAAGCCGUCAAGGCAGUGGGCAAGAACCCGGACCGCAGAGAAGCCGAUGUUGUUAACGACCAGCCUGUCAACACGGAAUAUGUGGAUGAGGACGCGACGGCCAAUCCCGCUCCCGCCCCAGCUCCCCUCCCACCGGCGGAUGCCAACCCCGAGGAACAGCUGCAGUUGACCCAAGCCGAACCUCAACCCCAACCCCAGGCCGAGGGCGAGGGUCAGCCCCAGCCCCAGCCCGAACCCCAAGCCCAAGCCCAGACGGAGGUGCCUGCGGAGGCUCAGGUCGCAGCUUAA